AUGGAAAAGAAACCUGACGUCAAAGUGGAACCUGAGGGUAAGAAAACCGGAAAGACCAGGUCCCAGCCUCGUUUCAGGCUCGCGCUGGGAUUGGCUGUGGUCUUGCUGCUUGUGACAUGCGCAGUGGCGGCCGGAGGGCUGAUGAUGUAUUUCCGGGGGAAAUGCGGAAAUAAACGGUUCACCAUAAAGGCCUCCGUUAACGGCCAGACGUUUACAGAGGAGGUGGAAGUGGACCGGGUGAACGGGUUGGUGACGUACCGUGAUGACGUCGGAACUGAGGACGGAGAGAUCAUACAGACUAAAGAGGGACUGUCUGUGCUGUACGAACGAGGUAACUGUUACCUGUUGGAAGACAGAGAGGACAGCCAGACAAGCGGUUUUGACAUUGAGGAGGCGGAGGACGCGAUGGAGGCUUUAGCUGAUGCCGAUGACGUACCCAGUCUUGACGUGGACCAAAUCGUCUUCCUGAACCGGUCCGUACCGGUGAGUUCUGAAGAUGGCGUCAUCCUGCGACCACAGCUGCCCCCGGUGUGCCGUGAUGCUACCCUGUACCGAGUACAAGAGGAGAACGCUCGAGAUUACUUGGGACAAGAAAUCGACGAUAGAGAGAGGAUGGAAACACCCCACGGUCGUGUCAGACGGUCCUUUGCAGAAGUGUGCCCGGAGGGCGGAGGGAUAAGAUUCAGAUUUGUGUAUAGCUAUAACCCUCGCAGACGGUACGCACUUGAAGUUUGUCGCUGUUGGAGUCAAACACACACAUCUACAAAAAGACGUGCCAUGGAGAAGAAACCUGAAGUCAAAGUGGAACCUGAGGGUAAGAAAACCGGAAAGACCAGGGCCCAGCCUCGUUUCAGGAUCGCGCUGGGAUUGGCUGUGGCCUUGCUGCUUGUGACAUGCGCAGUGGCGGCCGGUGGGCUGAUGAUGUAUUUCCGGGGAAAAUGCGGAAAUAAACGGUUCACCAUAAAGGCCUCCGUUAACGGCCAGACGUUUACAGAGGAGGUGGAGGUGGACCGGGUGAACGGAUUGGUGACGUACCGGGAUGACGUCAACACUGUGGACGGGGAGAUUAUACAAACUAAAGAGGGUCUGACUGUGCUCUACCACCAAGGUAGCUGUUACGUGUUGGAGAACGAAAAGGACAACGAGACAAACGACUUUGACAUUGAUGAGAUGGAGGGUGUGAUGGAGUCCUUAGAGGAUUCCGGCGAGGUGCCAAGUUUUGACGUGUACCAAGUCGUCUUCCUGAACCAGUCCGUCCCGGUGAGUUCUGAAGAUGACGUCAUCCUGCGCCCACAGCUGCCGCCGGUGUGUCAUGAUGCUACCCUGUACCGAGCCCACGAGGAAAACGCUCGAGGUGAGGUUACAUAUGUUAAUAAUGGGCUUAAGAAAUCCAAGAUGGCGAACCCCGUCACAGACCUGUUCGUGUUGUUCUUAGUGUUGUUUCUUUUGUUCGUUCUCGUUCUAUCUGUGACGUCAGCGGUCGUGCUGAUUGGGUGGAUGGGGGUCAAGGUUCUUUGGCCUAGACGCAAGGAAAUCAAGAAAGAUGAAACUGACGAAGAAUCUGACUGGGAAGUCGAAAACGACAUCAACGACGAGGCAGCUGAGAACGACACCAACACGAUCAUAAGCAUCGUCAAAAACAUAGAGGGAACUUCGGACGUCACAGAAAACAAAGAUGGCGUAUCUGAGGAUGAAAAUGAAAAAGCAGAAUUUGAAAAUUCGGACCAAUCAGCAAGUAUCAACCGUGUGACGGUCUUACAGUUUCCUGUGACGCAGACGUCGAUUGGCCAAUCAGAGCGACCCAUCAGCAGCAAAAGCAGCGAUGCCGGCAGCAGCGUGGAACCGGAAGUCGAACUGGAUUAUGGGGACUUGUUGGGGCCGCCACCAACACCGGAAGUGGAAGAGGAAAGAGAAGGGGGUGACGGGAAGGAAAAUCUAAGUCUAGAGGAGUAUGAAGAGGAUGACCUUGUGUUUGAGAUACCGGAGGAGCUAAGAUUCUCCCGGUAUCAGUACUUUUUUAAGCGAGGGGAUUUCGACUCCAGCGACGAAGACCGAGGGUACAUGUCGAGCGAAGACGAACUAGACCGAUGGGUGCGUCGGAGAUCCGACGAGUACCGAGCGGCGCCGGGAAGAGACGAACGUCACCGACUGACUCCGAUUCCGUCGGCCGAGAACGAAGAUGUUGCCGAAGACCUGAUAAAGGAGGAAGACAUUGGGGAUGGAGAAGAUGGUGAUGAACAUUUGCCGUUCGCAAACGACAUUGAUGACGAAGUAGUGACGAUAUUAGCCGCCAUUUCGGAAUGGAAACAAAAUGGCGACAAGAAAACCCAACCAAACACAGCCACAACAACUUCAUUCUCCACCACAAAAGCAGAGAGAGACGAAAGCAAAUCUCCAUCUACGGCUUUGACAGAAUCUUCCCUUGGCCUCACAGAGGGAAUCACAGACCACACGGGUUGGAAAAGUCGAAGUCCGAGUCCCCGACCAGCUUCUGGUCGGCAGCAGGUCGUGUUUUCCGCGGAUCAAACAGUGUCAAAAGAAAAGCCAAACAAACAGCAUGACGAAGGCUCUACAAAAAUAGAGGUGGCAGAAAAGCCUACAUUUGGGCAAAAUGAAACACAGAAACCAAAAAGUCCGAUUGCGAGCUUUAUACACAUCUCACAAGAAAUUAAAGCUUCGGGGAUAGACAAGGAACAGUCUGAUAGCAUAGAUACUCAAGGAAACUUGACAUCAAGGGAUCAACCAACCCACAGGCUAAACCCAAUUGCUCAAAAAGCUGUCAAGAAAGGUAUCAACAAGCAAGCCAUGCCAGUUAUUGCAGAACCUAAGAGUUUAGCACAGCACCUUUUUGAGCCAGAAUCAAGUGACGAGGACGAAGAUGACGACUUCCUAUUGUCGUACACGGGAAGACAGUUGUCCACCCCUACUCCUGUCUUCGACAGAAAAUCGCCUGAAGUUGCUGUCAAUCGAUCCCCGUCGCCCAGCAACUCGCGGAGUGGAACUGCUAAUAAACUCAGUGUAGAUGCGUCUGUAGGGAUCAGCAAUUUCAAAGGACCGCCGUUGACGAACAACGAGAAAAUGAAGCAAGAGAAGGCCAUGCUUGGAGAGCAAGAACAGCGGGCAAGAGUGUCACGGUUCAAAGAGAUGCUCAAACCAGCCGUCAGCGUUACUAAGGAACAGCCAAAGGAUGAUGUCAACAAGGAGGAAAACGAAGAAAAGAGGUUUGAGAAGUUUCCCGAGGUGGCACACCCAAUUGCGCAACCGACACCAAUCAAAAUGGAUCCACAACCCAUCAAGGAGCCGGCAAUUUUCACAGCUCCUUCAAAUGUAUGGAGGAAGGUGGAAGCUUCACCCCCCAUUACUGAGCCACAAUCACAAGGUGGCAAGAAAGGUCAUGGUCACCAACUGAUGGGACCGGGCAUGCCGCGGUCUCUCGCGAGAGCCAGCGAGAUUGGGCGAGAUUCAUCCGGGUUCUCAGUCAAGAAGCAUCUAGGGCUGUUCGAGGCCAUGUCCGAGCUACGUCAGGUGGCGUCUAGUCGGCCUCCUUCUCCUAGAAACAACCCGGCUGGUUCCUCUAGAAUGUAUCGCUCGAUGCCGGACUUAGUCACCAUGUGGAAGGGCCUAGAAACGAAAAGCAAGGUUCCAAAACCCUUCCCAACCAAGGCGUUUGUACCACCUGAAUGGAAAGCGCGAAAAGAUCUUGGUGAUGAAAAUUGUACCUCAUCUAUUUAA